AUGGCUACCCAAAGCACGGCAUCGUGCACUGGAUCCACUCUGCUGCAGCCCAUCAGCGAUAUUAUCAACCUCCCUCUAGACCAGGUUAACUUUGUGGCAUGCCAGCUGUUUGCGCUGCUCAUGGCGGUAUGGUUCCGUCUCUACCUCCAUCCAAGUAAGACCAGUCCCUUUGUCAGACAUGUCGUGGCCACGCUGCUGGGCUUCUACUUGGCUCUUUUCUGCUUUGGCUGGUAUUCCCUCCAUUUCCUGGUGCAGAGCGGCUUGUCCUACAGCGUGAUCGUCUUUGCCGGCCUGGAACACAUGCACAAGUACUGCUUCAUCGUGACGCUCGGCUAUUUGAUCGUGUGUCAGAUCACACGCGUCUAUGUGUUUGAUUACGGGAUGUACUCUGCUGAUUUUACCGGGCCCAUGAUGGUGAUAACGCAGAAGAUUACAAGCCUGGCUUUCGAAAUACAUGACGGUUUGACCAAGCCAGAUGGACAGCUGACUCCAGGUCAGAAAUACCUUGCUAUCAGGCGGAUGCCCAGCCUGCUGGAAUACCUCAGCUACAACUGCAACUUCAUGGGCAUCCUGGCAGGACCCACCUGCGCCUACAACGACUAUAUGGCUUUCAUUGAGGGCACGUGCUACCAACCUCGACAUCAGGAGAACGCUAACGGAAAGGAAAAUGGCAAGCACAAGCAGAGCGAACCCUCGCCCAAGGAUGAUGUCAUCUCCAAGCUGUGUACAUGUGCCAUCUCUCUGGCCAUCUAUUUGUCACUGUGUAAACUGAUCCCAGUGGAACACUCCAUAGAUGAAAACUUCAUAAACAACACACCCUUCUAUCUACAAGUGGUCUAUCUUUACCUGGCCAUGCUGGCGCUCAGACCCAAGUACUACUUUGUCUGGACACUGGCCGAUGCCAUCAACAAUGCUGCUGGAUUCGGCUUCAAUGGUUACAACAAAGAUGGCACCGCGCGGUGGGAUUUGAUUUCCAACCUCAGAAUUCUGGACAUUGAGUUUGCCACCAGUUUCAAACUUUUCCUUGACAACUGGAACAUCCAAACAUCUCUUUGGCUCAAAAGGGUGUGUUACGAGCGCUGUCCCAUCAACCCCACGGCCGCCACCUUCCUGCUGUCAGCAAUGUGGCACGGCGUCUAUCCGGGCUACUACCUGACAUUCCUAACUGGUAUCAGCAUGACCAUGGCGGCACGUGCAGUAAGAUACAACGUGAGACCUUACUUUCAGGUCACUGACACAUACAAGCGCAUCUAUGAUGUCAUCACGUGGGCAUCGACUCAAGUUGCCAUCAGUUACACAGUGGUGCCCUUUGUCUUAUUGGCUGUGGGGCCCUCAAUCAAAUUCUACAGGUCCUGGUACUUCUGCUUACACCUUCUGUGUCUGUUGGUAAUCCUGGCCCUGCCCGUCCGAUCGCGACGUCGCGAAGCCAAGAGCCAACAGCAGAGUCCGCAACUGGACGGCGGCGCGGCAAACAACUGCAGCCAGAAAGACAAGAGCACAUGA